AUGAGUAAAAUGUAUAGGACACUAUGGGCAAUCUAUCUCGUCGGUUGUCUCGCAGGCAUUUCCAACGGGCAGUUGAUGUGUUUCCAUUGUGAUGAUUGCGAUACAGCGCUAAUGGAGGUUGUGCAAUGUGGACCAAAUCGACCAAUGCUACCAUUCCCUGAUGAUUCAACGACAACAACUGUGGGGCCCGAAACUACGACCUUGAUGCCACCGUCGAUACCUACCGUUGAGCCUGAAACUACUACCCUGUGGCCACCAAGCGUACCUACAGUUGAACCCGACACAACCACUGUCACUCCGCCGAUUAUUCCUACGGUUGAACCUGAUACAACUACGAUCACUCCGCCGACUCUGCCUACUAUUGAACCGGAGACAACUACGAUUACUCCUCCGACUCUGCCUACCAUUGAACCUGAAACAACUACGAUUACUCCGCCGACUCUUCCUACUGUGGAACCUGAAACUACUACGAUCACUCCACCUACUCUUCCUACUGUAGAACCUGAUACAACAACCAUCACUCCGCCGUCUCUUCCUACUGUAGAACCUGAUACAACAACCAUCACUCCGCCGACUCUUCCUACUGUAGAACCUGAUACAACAACCAUCACUCCGCCGACUCUUCCUACUGUCGAACCUGAAACAACCACUAUCAGUACUACACCAGGCACGCCUAUCUUAACCCCUCCGACGCAUCCCACCUUUUCACCUCCACCACCCGGAUUAAUUACUACAGGUUCACCAAUUCUAACACCACCGACACAUCCAACACCAGUUCCAGGAGCACCGAUUGCGUUUGGAGUCACUUUACCGAUUCCACCCAAUACUACGCAGUACGCGUGUCUGUCUGUGAGACGAACUGAUGUCAACAACCGAUCGAUCACCACUAAAGGCUGCGCACAACUAAUGGCGAGUGUGCCCCAGACGUGUUCUCACGCCACGAACGGAGGUCAUACCAGCUGUACGGUGUGUUUGGGAUCACUGUGCAAUGUGUUCAACUAA